AUGGCCUUGGAGGAACCCAAGGAAGGAGUUGAGACUGAGAACAACGAUCAUAUUGAUUUGAAGGUGGUGGGCAGAUGGUUGUCGUUGCAAUUUAAGAUGAAGAGGCAGACAGCACUUAGUGAACUAAUGAAAGCCUAUUGUGAACAACAGUUGGAAAAGGAUGAAGAAAUGAUUGAUGUGUUUCAGCAGCAGACAGCAGACUAA